AUGAGGAUGGCGGUCCUGUGGGGCCUGCUGACUCUGCUGUGUCAACACACGCUGGUGAGCUGCCAUGUGCUGGGGAGACCUUACUCCAGCGGAGACCUGGCCCAGCUAAAGUCUGUGCUGGAGCGGUUUGAAGAGAGUCUGGCCGAAGCAGCCCAGGAGGAGACCCCCGAGGCCGACUAUGAAGGGACGAACACAGAGCCCGAGCGCGGUCAGGCCAGCCGAGGAUGGAGCCCCGACCAGGGGGAGGGCCAGCGGCUUUCGCUGCCGGAAAGACCACAACCGCCUGCUGAGGGCCGCAGCUGGACCCCGAGUCAGAGGAGUCGGCUGCAAGACCUGCUGAUGUCUGUCAGGGGCCGGGUGUCCGGGUGCUUCGGCGGUAGGAUGGACCGUAUCGGAAACACGAGUGGUCUGGGAUGCAACGGUGGGAGAGCUCUGCUUAAAGCUACAAACAAGCUGCUUGGCAACCCGUUCUCCGGUUCUCCGUAG